GGAGCGGGGCAGCGCCAUGCGGGCUGCCGCCUGCCUCCUCUCGCUGGCGCUCUGCGCCCUGCCCGCCGCCUCAGGCGUCGGGCCGGCGGCGGGGCGGCGGGGCGAGAGCCGCUUCGCGGAGCGGGAGAGCAUCAGGCCGCUGCGGUUGGUGUCCGGAGAGGGCGGCGGCGGGGCGCGGCGGCCGGCGCUGAGCACGCGGGUGCGGAGCGGAGCGGCGCGGAGUCAGUCUACCCACAUUGCUCGAGCCAGCUUCCAAGUUGAUGCUUUUGGGUCAUCCUUCAUCCUGGACGUAACGCUAAAUCAUGAUCUGCUGUCUUCUGAAUACCUUGAGAGGCAUAUCGAGCAAGGUGGAAAGGCAGUGGAAGUUAAAGGAGGAGAACAUUGCUAUUAUCAGGGAAAAAUUCGAGGAAAUCCAGUGUCAUUUGUUGCCUUGUCAACAUGCCAUGGACUACAUGGGAUGUUCUAUGAUGGAAAUCAUACUUACCUUAUUGAACCAGAUGAAAACUACAAUUCAGAUGAUGACUUCCAUUUCCACUCUGUUUACAAAUCCAAGUUGUUUGAGUUUCCUUUGGAUGACCUGCCAUCUGAGUUCUGGCACAUGAAUGCUACAUCACAGAAGUUUGUUGUAAAGCCGAGGCACAAAAGAAGGAGAAGGCAGGUUCGUCAGAUUCCACGUAAAAUUGAAGAAGAAACAAAAUACAUUGAGUUAAUGAUUGUAAAUGAUCAUCUGAUGUGUAAAAAGCACCGCUUAUCAGUUGGCCACACAAACAGCUAUGCUAAGUCAGUUGUGAACGUGGCAGAUUUAAUAUAUAAAGAACAGCUUAACACCAGGAUAGUAUUGGUUGCCAUGGAAACCUGGGCUACUGAUAACAAGUUCACCAUAUCUGAAAACCCCUUGGUGACCCUGCGUGAGUUUAUGAAAUAUAGGAGGGAUUUUAUCAGAGAGAAAAGUGAUGCAGUUCACCUUUUUUCGGGGAGUCGAUUUCAGAGCAGUCGAAGUGGUGUAGCUCACACUGGUGGAAUCUGCUCCUUGCUUAAAGGCGGAGGUGUGAAUGAGUUUGGAAAGCCUGACUUAAUGGCAGUUACCCUGGCACAGACAUUGGCUCAAAAUAUUGGCAUUUUCUCAGACAGAAGAAAACUAAUAAGUGGUGAGUGUAAGUGUGAGGACACCUGGUCUGGAUGCAUAAUGGGAGACACAGGGUAUUAUCUACCAAGCAAGUUCUCCAAGUGUGAUAUUGAAGAGUAUCACGAAUUUUUAAACAACGGAGGUGGAGCCUGCCUUUUCAAUAAGCCAACCAAGCUUCUGGAUCCUCCAGAAUGUGGCAAUGGCUUUGUGGAAGAUGGAGAAGAAUGCGACUGUGGGACAGCGGCAGAGUGUGCCAGCGAAGGAGGAGAGUGCUGCAAUACCUGCACGCUGACAGCAGGCUCCCAGUGCAGCAACGGGCUCUGCUGUCGAAAGUGCCGGUUUGAACCUAAGGGUGUUUUGUGUCGAGAAGCAGUGAAUGAUUGUGAUAUUGCAGAGAACUGCACGGGAAACUCCAGUCAGUGUUCUCCCAAUAUUCAUAAAAUGGAUGGAUAUUCAUGUGAUAACAGGCAGGGCAUUUGCUUUGGAGGAAGAUGUAAAACCAGGGACCGACAGUGUAAAUAUAUCUGGGGUGAAAAAGUGUCAGCUGCUGACAGGUACUGCUAUGAGAAGUUGAAUAUUGAAGGGACUGAGAAAGGAAACUGUGGAAGAGACAAGGACUCUUGGAUACAGUGCAAUAAACAGGAUGUGCUUUGUGGAUACCUUCUGUGCUCAAACAUAUCUAGUGUGCCCAGACUUGGAGAACUUGAUGGUGAAAUCACUUCAUCGGUCUUGCAGUUUGGUAAAGUCUACUCUUGCAGUGGUGGGCAUGUGAAGCUUGAUGAGGAGACGGACCUGGGCUAUGUGGAGAAUGGGACGCCAUGUGGGCCAAAUAUGGUGUGCCUUGACCAUCGCUGCCUCCCCAUCGAAUCCUUCAACUUCAGCACCUGCCCGGGCACCACAGACACCCAGAUCUGUUCAGGACAUGGUGUUUGUAGCAAUGAAAUAAAGUGUGUCUGUGACCGAUUCUGGGGAGGGGAUGACUGCAGUUCUCGAAUCAAAGAUGAUGUAUUUUUUUAUAAAGACGCCAUCAACAAAGGUGUUGUUAGCACAAACAUAAUAAUAGGGGCAAUUGCUGGCACCAUUUUAGUAUUGGCUCUCGUUUUAGGGAUAACUGCGUGGGGUUACAAAAACUACAGAAGACAGAGACAAAUACCCCAGGGAGAUUAUGUAAAAAAGCCCGGAGAGGCCGACUCUUUCUAUAGCGACAUGCCUCCUGGAGUCAGCACAAACUCUGCAUCUAGUUCUAAGAAGAGGUCUGCUUUUCUGUCGCAUUUUCAGAUUUCUACCUGUUCCAUCACCCAUUAUUCCAUUAGUCAGAACAUUUCAUUGUUUUGCAGCAGGUCAAAUGGAUUAUCUCAUUCCUGGAGUGAAAGGAUACCAGACACAAAGCAUAUUUCAGACAUUUGUGAAAAUGGGAGGCCUAGGAGUAAUUCUUGGCAAGGUAAUAUAGGAGGAAACAGAAAGAAAGUCAGAGGCAAAAGAUUUAGGCCACGGUCUAAUUCAACUGAGUAUUUAAACCCAUGGUUCAAAAGAGAAUAUAAUGUAGCUAAGUGGGUAGAAGAUGUGAAUAAAAACACUGAAGGACCAUACUUUAGGACACUGUCUCCUGCAAAGUCCCCAUCUUCGUCCACUGGAUCUAUUGCUUCCAGCAGAAAAUACCCUUACCCAAUGCCUCCGCUUCCUGAUGAGGAGAAGAAAGCAAACAGGCAAAGUGCCAGGCUAUGGGAGACUUCCAUUUAGCUGCACCGUUUUCCUGGGAUGACGCAAGAACUUUUUACUUUAAAUUCUAUACAAACUCAGCACCACUGAGUCGUUGCACAUUCAUCUGCUCUUCAGACAAUUCAAAAGAUCAACACAGAUGCCCGUGAUCACAGUGAGAACCUCCUCUCAUCUGGAAGGGAAAAAGCAGUCUCUUUUUUCUUUUUUUUUCCUUCUGUUUUUGUUUUUUGAUCAAGCAGAAUUUUACAGACUUGCUGUAAAGAACAACCCAAACCAUCCCAACUACCAGGGGACCAUUAGAUGGACGUGAAGAGGCUGUUCCGCACGGUACCAGACAUGCUCACCCCACAUCCUGCCUGGGAGAGGGUUGGGGUUUUCCCUUGGCUUAGUGCAGCUCCAGGUCAUGCUGACCGGCCUUGGGAAUGCGCACUCAGGAGAAGCUGGCCGAUGUAAACUUGUACGCUGUGUGCAUGAACCUUGUGUUCUUUACUUUCCACAUGUAAGGGAUAAACAAUAUACUGUAGUAGAAAUCAGCAUGCAGGAGUAAGAAAUAUAGGAUUUUUUUUUACAGGAUUUCAAGCUUUGAAAGGCAACUCUUUGAACCUAAACAUCAAACAAACAAGGAUUAUAUCUUUUUUUUUUUUUUUUUUAACCUUACAUGUUUAUAAUCUCAGUAUACAGAUUGUAUAUAUGUAAACAUUUGAUAAUGUCAAAAAUAGCUAUUAUACAUAAGUGUAUUUUGCCAAAUGCCUAAAGAAACAUGACUAACAUCACACUUCAAAUUUUCUAGUACAUGAGCAGACAACUUUGGAAAUACAGAAAGUACAGUACUGUAAAACCACGUCACAGAAACUGGUUUUUGACCAAGAUCUGUACUAUCUUCUAAGUAGCCGACAAUCUCAAUUGUAUGGUGGAAUGCAGGAACCAGUACGGUGGCACUUUGUCUUAAAUCAUCAUAAGGGGAAGCAGCCAAAAAGCGCUGUUGAGUGAGAUGACCCAACCCGACACUGGGGCGAUCAGGAACGAUCCUGUAGACAACAGAGACAGAGCCUCGAAGUAAAAUGCAGUACAAACUUCCUGGAAAUCUGGGAAUAACUUCUAACGCUCAAUUCAGGAUGUGGUGAUGUGAAGUCCUCUGGCAAGGCUUGCUGUGUAUUUCUGAUAGAGCACUUCAGAUGCUCUUUUGGAUGAGACUGUAACUUAGGAGAAACCUAACAAUUUCACUGCACUAGAUAAUACCAAUGCUGGGCAAGUGGCCAGUGUCAUUGUUGUCUUUUCAUUUGUUUGUGGAGUUUCCUUUACUAUGUGCUCAACUGCUCUGCUUGCUGCCUCUGAUGUCCCCUUGAAACGUUUGGGUGGCCGUAAACUGAGUACAAGUGAGUUUAGCCAGAAAAAAUGGAAAAAAAUCCCAACACUUUUACUGUGGAGAUGUUGAUCUCCCAAAUCAAUGGAUAGUUAGCUUUCGAAUACUGAGACUUCUAAAGGGUGUCUGUUGUACUACAAAGGUGGACAUUUCCACUCAGUAAGAAAACUGGACCAUGUUAAAUCAAUCUGUAAUUCUCCAGCUCUCCAAAAAUGACAAAUUCCUAGCUUCUAGCAGUGCCAUUACAGAACAACACACCCGAUUCUGUAUGGUGCAAUUGAAUACCUUGCCAACAGCCGAAUUAUCAAUUAGAUAUCAGCCUGACGGGAGCAUCCACAGUGUUUCUGAGUCUUCUACCUCUUUCAUGCAUUUCCUUUAAGAAGCAAAGCCAACACUUUCAGCCUCUUAAUAUAUUUUUUUAACUUUUAAGUAAGUGAAUAAAGUUGGAUAUAUGUAAGAUUAAAUUAAGAAAUGUUUUAAGAUGUCAGCAAGUAUAAAAUAUAUAAGAUUUUUAGAAGCACUAUAUUUUAUGAUUAGGCUGUGUGUUGGAUUGUAACAAAAUGUUGACCUUGGAGUUCGUUCCAAUGAUUUCCUUCACAGUCAACAGGUUCUGGUAAGUAUUUUAUAAAAAGGCAAAUAUGAGUGAGUACAAAGUACAAGACAGAAUGUGUUGAAUGAGCCAGCCACUAGUAAUUGCUUUAGGAAAAGAUUCUGCACUAUUGUGAAGAGUGAAUAGCUAUCAGCACAGAAGAAUAUUUUUUGCAAAGACUUCCUUUGAGUGUAGGUAACUGGAUGAAAAGUAGUUGAUAAUGCAUAGCUCAUGAAGUUGGGGCCUGAGCCAUAAUCACCUGAAAUCGAUAGAAGUCUGUUAUCGAUUCCACUGGAAACUGAGGAGAACCCUCAAGGAGUUCACCUCAAUUAGGAAAUUAUGCUAACCUGAUCAUCUCUGUUAUUCUGUUGCCUCUUAGCUGCUUUCCCCUUUUGUCUCAGUAUUUUGUCUCUAAUAACUGGACUGUUCAUCACGUGCCUUUUACGACAUUUUGUUUGGUUACAAACUAGCAUGUGAUUUUGAAUAACACUGUUAGAUUUCUGUGCGUAUUUCAUACUCACCACCCUUUACUCUUCCUUUUCCAUUCUGCCUUAUCAAGAAGCAGCAAGAUUUGGCAAACAGAACUGGGUGUAACAUAUUGGCUGUUUGUGUAAUGUUCAUAGCAACUUGUUUUGAAAACAAAUGGCUCUCCUGACUGUAUUUUCAACAUACUGUGUACUUACUGCUUCUUACGUGUUUUGGUAUAAUACAUUCGUAGCAUAUCAAGAUCCAGUUGUGUCACAUUUGGAGAUAUGUAGUAACUGGAAGUCUAGUUACGACUUCUGAGUUUAAUAAACAUUGACUUUCACUUUGAUUGUCUAGAAUGAGACCAUCACAAAACGUUCAUUUUUUUUGCAGAAUUCUUCUGCAGAAAAUCAUGCAGUAAGUUGGCAGCCUGGAGAUUUUGUCAAGGCACAAAACCUGAACGCGUAUGGCUCUGAAAGCCUCCAAUGCCAUUGGAGGCCAAAGAGGAAGGUGUUUGCUUGCAUUCUAUGCUUUCCUACUUUUAAAAUGUGUGGAAAGCUGUCAGAUUAGUAACCUUGAAGAUGACUGCAAGUAUCUUUACCUACAGUAAUCGGUUACACUGUCCAUAGCAAUAUAAAUAGCUGCAUAAUCCCUCAUGUAGUCUAAGAUAGAGUACUUGUAUGGUUAGUAAGUUAGCUCAGUCAUUUUGACUCCUUCAGACUCAGGCUUGUUUUUGCCAGCUAUGCUGAAUAUCCAGAUAUGUUGAAGUGGGGAGGUUCUGAGUUCUUCUCAGGUACAUUAUAAUUACCUAUCCAUGUGAGCAUAUGAACAGCAAGAUGAGUUAAACUAAUCCUAGUCUUGUAUUUCGACAUGUGGGAGAAGAACUGUGUGUAAUUUAAAAUAAAAUUAAUAUCGCUAACUGGUGGAGACUGAAAAAUGCAGACUCUAUUCAAAUAACAAGGCUGCACACUGAUGCCGCAAUUUAAAUUUAACAACUAAAAAUCUACCUGCUAAUUCUGUUGAGGCAAUACUUCAUUAAUCCAUGCUAUUGCCAUUUGGUGAAUGCACUCAGGCAGUUCACCAGUAAUGGUUGGGACUGAAAGUUUACAUAUAAUGUUGUUACCUGAUAAGAAGUGUGAGAUGCAUCUUUGAACACAGUGACUUCCAAAUGUUUUAAGAGUUUAUUUCCUGAUUAAUGAUAUGUUGACCCAGCUAAGCUCAUGUACUCCUUAGUUAAUUUUAAUUAUGCUAAUGAACAAAUGGGCCUUUGGGCUAUAGCCUGAAUUAAAGAUAAAGAAAUUGUGUCAAGCUAGUAGUGUACUGAAGACCUCUUACCUAAAUCACUUGCUGGUUUUAAAUGGACCUUGUGGUUUUGUCAACAUCGAUAGAAACAAUUGUUUUCAAGACCAGGGCUAAGAGUAGGUCUGUACAUUAAUACAGGCAUGCAUAUAUUACAAAUUCAGACCAACUUUUCAGUCAUUGUAUCAUGGACAUCCUCGAUGUGCUAAAAAAUCUGUUAGAAUGAGAGAAUACAUGAAGUUAGAUUUUGCCAACAGGAUAUAACGUGAAACAGUUAUGAGACUCCAUAAGCCUAAGUGAUAAUAGAUGGGCUCUUAGCAAUUGCUCUGUUAUUAAAUCCCAUAUCUAGCUGUCGUAAGCAAACUUACCAAAUUCCAGUGUAAAACUCAGCAUACAGAAGUUCUCCUCCGUUCUUUUCUUCCAUUCCCUUUCCACUCCUACUGAAAAGCACUCCCAAAUCCACUAGCAGCCUCUUGUGUUGGCUGGCUAUGAUAGAAAAGCUGCAAGUUAGCUGUCCUUCCACCCAGCAUCCUAGGAAAAGUCUUUCCAGUGCUUUUGCUCAUGUUACAGUAUGGGUGAAAGAGCCUCGUGUCUCAUUUGCAGUGGUAGAACCAUUUGAUGGUUUUCAUCCAGGUUUUCAUAUCAUCCUCUAGUGUUUUGGAUGGAGAAGCCUCUUUGAUCACUGUAACCUAAAAGUUGUGCUGUCUCCCAUUUCUCUUGCUCCAAGUCUCAAGGCUAUCUAAUUCUUCCUGUAAGCUAUCUGAAUAUCUGCAUCAUCAUCGUUGUUUGGGCCAAUUUUAUUAACCACGAUGUAAGGUUGAUUUACCUCAUUUUUUAAGAACUUAAGCAUUCUGGUCUCCAAAGUUAGGGGUUCUUUUUGCUCCAAAUGCAUCAUCCAUCAGACUGUUUGCAUGGCUUCCAAACCACGCGACAUUUAGCAGCAGUAUGGGAUUUGUCUUCUGUCAGAUUUCCUGGAGACAAAUAUGGGCAAACUGCACGUUUGUACAGCUUGCUGUCCCAUGUCUGCAUGGUGGGGUGAAGUUCCCGUGUGCACAUAGCUGUUCUGCUAUGACACAGCAGGAAAAACGGAAAACAGUGAAGCUGACUGUGCAGAUAUAGUUGCAACACAGAUAGGAUUCUCCCAGAGACACUAAAACAUUCCUUUGACCCAAACAUUUUCCAAGGUAACUUACAAAAAGUAUUUCUGGUGCCUCAUGUAUGGACGCUGGUAAGACUUAAGGUUUGGAAACAUUUAACUCUUCCAGCCAGCAGGUGAUACCGUGUCAUCCCAGAGCAGUUUGCUGCAACUGGUUAGAAACACACUACAACCAUCAACAUAAAUGUAUUAUCUCAGGCAAGUAAUCAAAGCAAUGUUCAGAACACGAGAAAUGUUGUACCUGACUUUUAAGUUGGCUCACCUUGCUGAGUCUGCUGUUUUUAGUUCUUUUUAAAAAGUACUUCAGCUAAAGCACAUGUAAACUCCUUGAAAACGUUGGUUACACAGGUUGCAAUGGCUGUAAUGGCAAAGUAGCGCAGCAGGAAGAUAAUGAAAUGCAGAGCAGCCUUCUGAAGGAAGAAGUCUAGGUGUCAUGCUAUUUUUCAUUACUGGAGCAUAGAAUGUCAAAGCAACAAGCUAUUUUUUCUGUUUCUCUACUCCUGUAACUAAGAAAAAAACAAGUUUUGGUUAUAAAAAAGUCUCGGGGCCUUAAGACCUUAUAUAUUCUAAUUUCAGCAUGGAGAGUCUAUUUUUACAGUCAAAUUAGAAAUUCUGUAUAUAGGCCUGACUGACCUUGUAAGUAUAGUGGUGCUAGCAGCUAAUCAUACAAUAUUGUAAGGCUCUGUAUAACAGUAAAUUCUGGCUUAUUUUGGUGAUUGGUACAAGGAUUCUUGCUCACUGCCUGUGUAAAGAAUCUGCCUAUUUUAUGCUUGGAAAUACAGCCCAGAACAUAUUUGAACUAUGAAUAUAUAACCUGAUUUUUCCCUUCUUAAGGGUAAAGAUAUAUUCCAAUAGGUAGUGUUUUAUAUAGAAUACAGUACUUAUUUUUAUUGUUGCAUAAACGCAAAAUAUUUUUUUUCAGAGUAGCAAAGCAUUACAGAAUUUUUAAUCUGCUGGAGAAAACACUCCUUACAACAUGACCACUUCCUUCUGCAAAGCUUUUGGGGUGCUGUCUUCCAGUUGCUUCAUUUUGUGCUGAUGUUAAUCCUGGACAUCACUGUAAGAGAAAGCUACCUAUUUUUCCAGUCCUGCUAGCCCUGACAGGUAAAAUAUUUGGGGAGGCAAGAAUUGUUUCACUGUUGGGGUUGGGCUGAGGUUGGCAGAAACAACCAAUUUACAUCAUAUUGUCAUCUUUGCUAGUUAAAAUCCUUUAAAAAUUGUACCCGAUGUAAUAGAAACAUAAGAUUUUGAUAAACACCAGAAUGAAGCGCUGCAAUUCACAACUUCCAUCUUUGAGCGUGAUGUUUCUGUCAUCAGCGUUACAGGCAUUGGGCUGUUGAAGUGAAUGAAUCUGGCUUUCAUGUAGCUGAACAAAACGUUGCUUUUUAUAAAGUAAGAUCGUUGUCAUUUUGGGGUUCUAAAUUCCUGCUCACUUUUAAUAACAGCAUCACAUAUCUACUUCUAUGAGAGUAUUGAAUACAAAUGCCUGUGGUUUUCAAUGUUACUAACAUAUUGUAACAUCAGUAAAGUGACUUUCAAUGACAAAGA